AUGCUAAAAUUAAAUUUCCAUGCGUAAAAUGCAACCAUGUAUUUAGCAAAAAACAUGAUCUAAUGAAGCACGUCCGUAAUCAGCAUUGCACCUUUAACAGUAUCAAAGGAAAAAGUAAUUACUCAAAGCCAUCAAACAAGUGAAUAAAACAUGUGACAUCUGCCUUAAAUGUUUUCAAUUAUUUUACUAGUACCCUAAAUAAAGAAAGAAAUCAAGAUCUAAUUAUAUUUUUAACUAACGUAAAAUCCAAUAUUGCAUUGAAACUUGAAGAAGAAAUAAAUGUGAAGGCGACCCUGAAUUGGUAUAUCAUCGUAGCAGCAGUUUUCUAGAAAUGGACACCACGAUGAAGAAGAGGGAUUUAUCAAGCUAUAUUUUGUAUCUGCAUUUUUAAAUAAAUUUAACAUUAGAUAAUAUUCAACAGCUGAAUGAGGCCUACAAUAAGGUAAAGAAAUCAUUUGAAGAGUUUUUGCAAAAUGGUUCGGGAAGAAUAUUAGAUCAGAUUGAAAAGUUAGAAUUAUACACAACUUGAUAUCAUUCCUUAGCUUUCAGCAGUUACAUUUCCCUUCCGAAAGAAAUGGCAAUGAAAAAAGCGAUUUUAAAUACGAGUAUUAAAAAUAAUGAUAAAAAUAUUUAGUGGGGUGCUUACUUAAACAUACAUAUGUUAUUUCAAGGGGAAAGUAAGGCACACCGAGUAAAUAACUAUAAACCUUAACGAUCAUGAAAUAAAUUUAGGAAAUAUUGAAUGCCCUAUUCCUGUUACAAAAAUAUCGGCUGUUGGGAGAAGUUAAAUGAUAUUAGAAUGAACAUAUUUAGAUCUGAGAAGAAUGAAGUCUUUCCCUUGUACCCUUCGAAAAGAAAGGAGAUUGAUUGUAUCAAUUUACUUUUAAAUCCGUGAUGAUAUUAAACAACAUUAUUACUUAAUAAAAUAAGAAAUACGUCCAAAUUAUUAGGUAACGUAACGAAACAUUAUGCACGUAUGUUCUGCUGCUUAAAAUGUGUUCAUUGAUUUACCUGUGAAAGCCUCUUGGAACAUACAAAAUAUUGUCAACAUCAAAAUAUACAGCGGAUUAAAAUGCCCUCAAACGAGGAAAAAAUAUACAAAUUAUCAUUAUGAAAGUCUAUUACGUAUAUCGUUUACGCCGAUUUUGAAACAGUUAUCGAAAAGAUAGAUACUUACUAACCUGAUGUGAUCACUGCAUCUUUCACAGGAGAUAUACGUCAUAAAGCAUGUGGAUAUGCCUAUAUAAUUGUAGGAUCUGAUGGGGAAAAUGUUAAACCGUUAACAGUGUACGUAGAUCCUAAUGCAAUGGGGUAUUUCAUAGAAAACAUUUUAUGGAAAAAAGAAUCAAAGUACCUCUAUGUAUGAUGCCUCAAGAGGAGGAAAAUUUUAAAAGUGCUACUCAUUACUUCUGUAAAAAUGUUUUCAAUUAUGACCCUGUGAAAAAUCAUCAUGAUAGUACGGGAAGGAGCUUUAUUCAAUUUGUGUAAUUUAAAAUAUAGGCUUCAAAAGAAAAUUUCGGUUGUAUGCCAUAAAACAUUAUGAUGCACAUUUAAUUAUGCAAGGCAUGGGUAUAGUUCAAAACCGAGAGUUUUCCGUCGUAGCCAAUAAUGUGAAAAAGUAUAUUUCUUUUAGUUAUUAGAAGAAAAUUUAACAAUAUAACAGUAUCUUUAAUCUUUAUUGAGUGUUUGUAAUUUAUGAACCCAUCAUUGGAAAAGCUUGGAGAAACAUACCCGAAGAAAAAUUUUAAAUUCUAAAAGGGAAUAUUCAUCAAGACAUAAAAUUUGACGAAAGGGCUUAUAUCUUUAUGAGUAUAUAAUGUCAUUUGGAAAAUUUAAGGAUAAUCAAUUGCCUCCCAUAGAAGAUUUUCAAAGUACAUUAACUGAUGAAAAUAUAUCCUCGGAAGAUUAUAUGCAUACUCAAACUCUUUGGCAAGCUUUUCGUAUGCAAAAUCUAGGUGAAUAUCUCGAUUUCUAUGUGAAAAGUGAUGUUUUACAAUUAGUAGACGUUUUCAAAAAUUUUAGAAGUCUUUCAUAAAACUUACUAUAGUUUAUACUAUUUUAUGACUUCACCAAUUAGCUUAUCAAGCAUGCUUAAAAAUAACCAGUUAAUGGAUUCCAUUUGUAUAAAUAAUAAGCAUUUAACAUACAGAACACGGAAUUCUCGGAUGAGUAUCCAUAAUUACCCAGCGUAAGGCUACAGCAAAUAAUAAGUAGCUUAAAAAUGUUUAUUCAGCUAAAGAAAGUAAACGUAUCUUGUGCAUUUUGAUGCAAAUAAUUAAUGUGGUUGGGUCAUGAGUCAACUCUUACCCUAUGGAAAUUUUGAAUUGGUUGAACCCAGUAAGAAUGCUAUAGAAAUGUUUUAGCUGUGUCUGAUGACAGUUUCAAGGGAUACAUCUUGGAAGAAGGCCUCGAAUAUCCUAAAGAAUUUCACGAUAUCCAUUCAGAAAAAAAUAAAAAUACAAGCUAAUCAUUUUUCGCCCAAUGCAGUCAGUGCAUUAAAUAAUGAAUUCAUGUAGAGCACUAAAUUAGUUCCUAAUUUAAACCCUAAAUUCAAUUAUGUCAUCUGUCAUAAAAAAUUACUAUUAUAUCUCUCAUUAGGUUUAAAAUUAGUUCAUAAACACAAAAUUCUAAAAUUUAAUCAAAAAGCAUGGUUACAACCUUAUAUACAGUUUAACACGAAUCAGUGUAAAAAUGUGUUGUCAGAAUAUGUAAAAGAUUUUUUAAAUAAAUGAAAAUGUGUAUAUGGCAAAGCUAUGGAAAAUGUGAACAAGCAUGUUGGAUGUCCAAUGAGUAAAUACCGAGAAAAAAGUGGAAAAAUUAGUAGCAUCUCCAACCUAUCAUAAUUUCUGAUAAUAACUUGGUUGGAAUAUAAAAGCUAAAAAACUGUGUUAAUCUAAACCGGCUUAUUUGUAUGGGCCUAUUUAUAUUAGAACUUGGUUAAAUAUCACAUGUACAGUUUUCGUUAUAAUCAUGUCGAAAGACAGUAUGGAGAGAGAGCUAAGGUUACUUUUUACCGACAUAUUUUCUCAAGUACGAGAUUUUAACUGAAGAUGUAUAUCAAGAUGCGAGUUUCCAUGUGCAUAUGUAUAAUAGAUCAGAUUAUCCAAAGAACCAUCUUUUAUACCAUAUUAAUAAUAAAAUAGAAAUUGGAUGUUUCAAAGACGAAAUGAAUUCAGAACCGAUAUUGGAAUUUAUUACUGUCGAAGGAGAGUGAGAAGAAAAUAGCUAAAGGAGUAAAUUAUAAUGCAAUUAAAAGAAAACUUAAACAUAAAGUUAUAAAGGCUGCCUAGACGAAUAAAAAAUGAGAUAAUUUCAUUGUUACGAGAUGAAUUGCCUUUAGAGAAAUAGAAAGAUGUCGAGGAGGACAACCUACGAUGGACUUGAACCAUGAAAAAUGUCAGGAAUGGCUUACAAUUUCUUACGCGCAAGAAGACAAGAAGAAGGGACUGUUCCUAAAGUGAUGUUCAAGUACAAAGCAUGGAAUUUUCAAAGAAACAUGCCUGUUUUGUCUUUAAUGUUUCAUAGGUUUUCGAAUUUUGAACUUUUCACUAUAUUUCCCGAAAACGUCAGUACUUACAAAAGUAGUUUUCCUGUAUUUUGUCUUGAAAUUGAGAAAGGCAUUGUUAAUCAAGCCUCCAGUCGGACAGAAGAUCGAAGAAAUUCAGUGAAUAUAAAAUUUUCCCUAUUUAGAAAAUCCGGCCUUAUUGAGGAUGCUUCUAUUAAGAUACGAACAUAAGUAAAUGUGAUGGUAAAUGUAUAUUUAGGCUUCAACUAAUAUAUUACUUUCUAUAUAAAAUGAACUUGAGAAAUUUAAUAUGUUCAACUGAAUCUUAGUUAUUCAAAUUGAAAAUUGGAUCUUCAUUUGCUUUGCAAUUUUUCUUCAAGCUGCUUGUAAAAUAUCGGGGCGCCAAAUCUUCUUCUCUCUGAAUUCAACAAUCUUAAAAUCCAGAGCAUCCUAAACAUGUCUGGAAGAAAAACACUUAUUUUAAUUCUUCGUAUAUUCCAUUUAUGUGUUUUUUAGUACUAUAAAGAAACUUUUACUAUAUUCUGAAGUACUUUUGGAGCAUAUCAAAAGUAUGACAAAGAUUUUAUCUGGCGACUCUGAAAGAAUUUAUAAUUUCGACUGAAAUUUUUUAUUAAACUAAAAAUUCUUAAAUAUCUAUCCCUUUCAUUCUCUGAAAUUCUUAGGAAGUUCACUCAUGGAUCUCACUUCAUAGCAGUGAAAUAAGUUUUCUGAAAAGACCCAUAAUUAAAGAAUUGAUUGUAAAUGCGUGAUGUACUAAAUGUUUUUGUAAAUAUGAACCACUUUUUCCAAUGCUUCUGGAUUACGUAAUAUCUCAAGAUUCCAUCUUUAUUUUAAAGAAUGUCUCGUCGCAGGGAAGGGGAGCUGAAAGGCAGAAAGCGCUGACUUCUAUACGCAGCCAGUAUCCACGUGAAAGAAACAGCAGCUGAACCAUGACGCAAAGUCUUCUGCACGGCAAGAGAUUUUUUUGUAGAGAAUGGGCUUUCGCCAAAAUAAGUCAUUGCUUAGAGAGUCGCUCCUCUUCGAAAACGUGUGGUACACUUGUAACUGGAGGGCCAGGUUCUGGCAAAACUGCCUUGUGCUGUGAAUUGGUUUGGCCCACCAAUAUUCAUAGCAAACAAAGUACCUUAAGCAAGAGGUUAUUGGCUUAUCACUUUUGCCAAGCACAUGAUAUUAAUAGUCUCUCACUUGCUUCCUUCAUCAACAAUUUAAUCAGCCAGCUAACUGCAUCCCCUCUUCUCAGUGGUUAUAGUGAUAGAAUUAAAAGUCCUGAAGUUGAAGCUGCUCUCCAGCUAGCCGAAUGUGAACGCAACCCCGAUGAAGCUUUCAAGAAAGGAGUUCUGUUUCCUCUUCUUGAGAUAGAUCCGCCGAGUCAGCCUUGCUUUAUUCUUGUAGAUUCUGUAGACCAGUCGAUACUGGGCGCUGUUGGAGACAAGAAUGGAGGCAUUAGCAGAAGUAUUGCUGAAUUACUGUCCAACUAUCAUCAUUUAUUUCCUCGCUGGCUACUUCUCAUAUGUUCCUCAAGAAAACAAAGCAAAACUGUUACUCGCAUGUUUACAGGGUUUCGAAAAAUUAGCUUAGAUGAUCUGAGAAAGUCACAUGUUGUUCGGGAUGUUCAACAAUACAUUCUUUGUAGGUUGGAUCAAGAGGAAGCUUUGAGACAACACUUGAGUCGUGAAACUGCGGAGAUGUUGAAUCAACUACAUAUUAAAAGCAACGGGUGUUUUAUGUACCUUGAAAAAGUAUUAGAUGGCGUAGGUGAAAAUUUUAUAAUGCUCAGAGAAAUUCGAGAAAUACCAGGCACUCUUAAUGGUCUUUAUCUUUGGCUUUGCCAGAGGUUAUUUGUCAGAAAACAGUUCAAUAAAGUGUUAUCUAUUCUUAAUGUCAUUCUUGCAUCAAGAAAACCUCUGACAGAAGAAGUUUUGUAUCAAUGCGUCUGGACGCGAAACACAAAUUUAACUUGGGAAGACUAUCAAAAGCGUUUGCGGCUAUUAUCGAAAGUUUUAAUCGAAGGAAAGGGAGGAACAAAGAUAUUAUUUCAUCAUAGUUUCGCCGAAUGGUUGCUUGAUGUCAAACACUGCACGCAGAAAUACCUUUGUAAUGCCAAGGAAGGCCACGGAAUGAUAGCAAUGCGAUAUACAGUCGCUUCUCCUCAUUUAUCAUCUGAAGAAAUUAUAGAUUUUGCUUUGCAUUUAAGUAAAAUUCCUCUCACAUCAUCACUGCAAUCUCAUCAUAUAACACUGUGGCUUAUUCAUUGCAACUUGCCUCUUGCUGAUUGCCUGAUGAAAACAUCAAUGCCCAAAGAUCCCCAAACUGUUAAACUUCUAGUCAGUGCUGGUGCCAAGUUGCCUACAGGGGAUACUGUCAAAGAUAGCAGUCCUAAGGUGCCUGAUGAUCCCCUAGAGGCCUUGCUGUCAGUUGGUAGUGACAUUAAUCAGGUGGACAGUAACCAAAGAACAUUACUUCACCGUGCGUCCCAUGAAGGAAUCGACAAUCUAGUCUUGAGGCUCAUUGAAAAAGGAGCCAAUUUGGAAGCUAUCGAUAAAAAUGGCCAGUCGCCUAUCAACCUUGCUGCUCGACAAGGACAUGCUCGAAUUGUGGAGUUGCUGCUGACAGCUGGUGCAGACCCGGAUCAUGCUGAUAAUGAUGGCUGGACACCUCUAAGAUCAUCUGCUUGGGCAGGGCAUACAGAAGUCGUGAAUGUCUUGCUCGAACAUGGAGCUCAAGUGGACUUGGCUGACGCUGACCACAGGACUGCCCUUCGAGCCGCGGCUUGGGGUGGGCAUGAGGAAAUUGUGUCCCGCUUAUUAGCUCAUGGUGCAUGCGUCAACAAAGUGGACAACGAGGGACGCACAGCUCUCAUCGCAGCAGCUUACAUGGGUCACACGGAGAUUGUUCAGCAGUUGCUUGACCAUGAUGCUGAGAUAAAUCAUGAAGAUAGCGAUGGACGGACUGCUCUUUCUGUUGCCGCUCUCUGCGUGCCAGCCUCUGAAGGCCAUGCAAGGGUGGUCAGUCUACUGUUAGAGAGGGGAACAGAAGUUGAUCAUAGGGACAAAGAUGGAAUGACGCCUUUACUAGUGGCAGCCUUUGAAGGACAUAGUGAAGUAUGCGAAUUACUCCUAGAAAACGAAGCUGAUGUGGAUCACACCGACAACAAUGGACGAACACCACUUGUAGCUGCUGCAUCAAUGGGGCAUCCCUCAGUCAUCCGCCUUUUGCUGUUCUGGGGAGCUGCUGUUGAUACUAUAGAUGCAGAAGGGCGUACAGUACUGUCCAUCGCAGCUGCUCAAGGAGAUCCGGAUACUGUCCGUCAACUCCUGGAUCGUGGCCUGGAUGAGAUGCAUCGGGACAAUGGUGGUUGGACUCCACUUCAUUAUGCUGCAUUUGAAGGACACACCGAGGCUUGUGAACUGUUACUUGAAGCUGGAGCUAAAAUAACGGAAGUGGACAAUGACGGAAGGAUACCGCUCAUCCUAGCCGCACAAGAAGGGCAUACUAAUCUCGUUGAAAAGUUACUUGAACACACGCCUUCAAUGGUGGAUUGCAGGGCACAUGAUGGGAAGACGGCACUCAGAAUUGCUACUUUGGAAGGACACAAGGAAACAGUUCAGCUGCUUAUAAACCAUGGCGCUGAUUUAAACUAUAAAGAUGCUGAUGGACGGUCCACUCUAUAUCUCUUGGCUCUAGAGAAUCGUACGGAGCUGGCAGAGUUCUUGUUAGCACGAGGUGCAGAUGUUGAAGCUCGUGAUUUAGAAGGACGCACAGCACUUCACGUUUCAGCGUGGCAGGGACAUACAGACAUGGUGGAACUCCUUUUAAAUCAUGGAGCAGAUGUAAAUGCUGUUGACAAUGACUACAGAACUGCACUGCAGUCAGCAGCUUGGCAAGGACAUGUAAGUGUGGUUCGCCUUCUUGUUGAAAGAAGUGCUGUUGUCGAUCAUGUGUGCAAUCAAGGAGCUACUGCUUUGUGUAUAGCAGCUCAAGAAGGUCAUUUAGAAGUGGUAAAGGUAUUAUUAGAAUAUGGCGCUGACCCUAGCCAUGCCGAUCAAUUUGGACGGAACCCAAUUCGUGUUGCGUCGAAAGGAGGGCACAAUCAUGUCAUUCGAUUGCUAGAAGAAUACGUAGCGCAUUUGCAAGAAGUAGGAAAUGCUAAUAAUUUUUCUGGUAGUGUCAGUACCACCUCACUGACGUCUGCAUCUACAGCUGAAACAAAACCAUGUAGUGCCAUUUUGUGCCAACCAGGUGUUGUAGCUCCUUCACCCGUAGAAUCUCCAGAAUCGACUGUUGACAAAAGACGAUCUUUCAUCUCAAAUCAAUCAUCAUCUAAAUCAUCCAGUAAUUUGACCAAUUCGACAAGUAAGUCGACUUCUAAAGGCCAUUCUCAGCCCCAGCAGCAAGGGCAUCAACAAAUCAGCCAAGAAUCUAACUCAAACAGUCAAAGUUCAAGAGCCAUUCAUAAUAACAAAACAGGAGGCUCAACUAUGACGUUUACUCAGCAAUUGCAGCAGUGUACCAGAAAUAGAAAUCGUAUAAGUAGGCUACUUUCACCAUUGAGUGAACCUCAUAGCCCAGUUCCAAGUCCACCACAAAGCCCUUUAAGUGACAUACAAGGUCAAAGACUUUCACCUGUUCCAGUUACCAGUCCUCAGGGUGGUGGCGUAACUGGUGGUCCUUUUGCACCAUAUUCCACUCAUGUACCGAUCGUGAUACCCCCUAUUGUUCAUGAGUCAACCAAUAACAGUAAACAGUCUCAUUUACCUAGGCGGAUAUCUGGUAGUUCUGGCCCUGUUGAUUCCAGUCACCCUAUACCGAGGCCUACAGAACCACGUGUACGUAGAAAUGGAAUAGUUACCAACCCCAACUACAAAGGGAACAAUAUUAUCUCAACUCCUCCCAUGAAAAAUAGCCCUGUUAAACAAUCUACUAGUAUAACAGUAAAUAAUCAUUCUGGACAAAUAAAAAACAAGCACAUCUCUCAGUAUGAAGAAUCUCUCAAAGCUAAUGCACUGCCUUUUAAGAAAGAAACUCAUUUAUGAUAGAAAUAUGUAUUGACAAAAGAAUUUUUUCAUCAUAUGGCAGGAAUUUUGCAUACCAAAAGCUGCUUAGCUUUGUUUUGUGUUUUAUUUAUAUAAUGAAUGUUGUAAUAAUGAGUUGGCACGUAGCUGGAAACCAAAUAAUGUGUUCUGCAGCCUCUAUCCCAGCAAACGUCUUCUAGCAUAUUGGGCCAUAAAAAGAAUUGUGAAAGAAACUUUAAAUUUACACUGAAAUAUUAAAAUAAUGAAAUUCUUUAGGUUUGACAGAAAUUUAACAACAUUAUAUAUUAAACUUCUGGCUCAAAUAUUCCCAGUCAUUAUAAUUAAUUUUAAUUUUAUGUAAAAAAUUUAAUAUUUUUCGUACAUUUAUUUGUAUAUAGGAAAUUAAAUGAAUCGCUUGUGAAAAAUGUAGUUACCUAAAAUACUGAAAAACUAUGAGUACGUAUUCAAAAAUGCCCAUGUUUGUGAGUGAUUAAUUGUAUUAUUACUGUAUUUUAUAAAAUUUAUGAGCUAUGUACUUUCAUUUACAUUAAUUUUAGAGGAAUUUCUUGUAAAGAAUGUGUUUUAUUUAAAUUGCUGCAUAAAUAAAUAUAUAGUAUGGCUUUAGAUAUUUGAAAGUUUAAAUCCUAGUUCCUAAGAGAUGUACUGCAUGCAAAUGAAAGACACUGUAAAAUAGCUUCAUGUGUUUGAUUCGCCAGUAAUCAGCUGAAAGUAUAUUAUAAUUAUAGUAUUUAUUACGAAGUAAAGAACAUUCUAGAAAUAACAUUCGUUAAGUUGUUUAAAGGUCAUUACAGUCAAAAUAUUUGCAUGUUUGUAUUAUGUAUUUCUUGGCAAGAAUUGUAUUUCCAUGUUUUUAUACAAAGUUCUACAAAAAUUAAACUUUCAGUACAAAAUGUAUGUCAGCAUAGUUUCAUUUACGGAAAAAUUAUCCCACUGGAAAUUUGAGUACUUCUUUUAAUAUUAUUAAAUUUGGAAAUGUAUAUGAAAGUAAACUUAAUUACCGGUACUAACAUUCACUUGCAACAGAAUAUAAGUUGUGCAAAAUAAAUUUUUAUUUCUCAGAUAACAAAACUGAUAUUAUUAGUUCAAUAAUGUACUUCCUCUUCAGAUUUGGAAAAACGUUUUUGCAUCUGUGUGUGACAUGUUAGUAUUGAAAUUGAAUAGUUAUUACUGCUCUAUAAUAUUGCUGAAAAAUCUGUUGAGGAAUUGUGAAUAAUGCGGGUUGCUAUUCAUCCCCAUUUCUCAAGUAUAUUAUAACAUAUCAACGUCCAAAAUUUUUAAUCUUCUUUUUAGCACCCAAAAUCUAUUCCCUUUCCAUUUAUCAUAUACUAAAACUUUAAUAAAAUGUUAAAUUUUAUAACCUAUUUAGAUAACUAUAUUAGAGCUUUAAUUCUAUGUAUAGAGAAAGGCUGUUAAAUGUGUUAAGCUUACUCGAAUUACUUCCUAUAAUUUAAAAUAAUUACUAGGUAUGCCUAUUCUAAAUCUGAUAUUUUCAUACGGAAUUUUCAACACAGUAAAUAUGUGUAAUUUACGAAGUAAAAUAUAUACUCUUUAGCAGCAUUUCUUAAUGAAUGGUAGUACUGAUAUUAUGUUAGAGAUAACUUUAAGCAUUUUGAAAGACAUUUCAUUUUUACAUAUUUAUUAUGUACAUGGAGAAUUUUCAGUUAUUGAUGUAUACCAUUCCAAGAAAAGUUAUUCAAGAUCAGUGUAGAAUAUGAAGAUUUUGUACCGAAUCUAUUCACUGUAGCAAGAAAUACAUCUAUAAACUUAAAACCGAAUAAAAUCAAGUUGUUUGUGAACCAGCGGUUAAAAGGAGUUAAAACCAGUUGAAAGUAAUGCCAGUAACUAGUUCACGCAUAAUUUUAUUAUCUCUUUGAUGAACAAAUAAAUAUUUUCAUUUCCAUGGAGAAUAAAUUAUAAUCAAAAUUUUAAAUACCCUCACGUGUGUUUAAUGAAAUUCUGAGUAUACUGCCUUUUAGACGCAGUCUUGCAUUAACUUAAUGAAAUGUGAUCUAAUAUUAAAGGUCUGCAAUCUGCUGUCAGAACUUUAACAUCCUGUAAACAGAUUCAGCUUUAAUUAUGUUUUUUUAAACAUUGGUCAAAGUCAUAUAUGUUAUAUAUGAUUCGUGGAAUGUGAGAUUUAAAUUACGCGAUAAAUUCUGGAAGACUCAGCCAUGCAUCCGAAGUAAUGACAUUAAUUUAACUCAUGCUUUAUUAUAUAUACUGCUUGCGCUACGUCAGUUCUGAAGCUAUAUUUCAUCCCAUAUCUUCUAAAUAGUCGUAUACGAAAACUUUGAUAAAUUUCGAAAUAUGGUUAUGACAUUUUGGGAUUAAUUGUAAUUUGGAAUGUAAGAAGUGUUAGUGAGGAGAAGAUGUUGUCCAAGAAUCGUUAUUCAAAUGUAAAGCAAUAUUUCAGGUGUAAUAUAUAUAUAAAAUCUGCGAACAUUGAAUACUUUAGCUAUUCUAAAUUUUAUAGGAAAAAAAAGUACUUUAAGAAUUCUUUAUAAAGAAGUCUUUAAGUAUUUCGCAUUUAAUUUAAAUAAUACUUUAUAGUAAUCUCAUUAACAAAUUUGCGGUGUAUGUACAAACUGAAAGUAUAUUCUUGCAUUUAUUAAUUUAGUUAGGUUUUCAAGACUUUAUGAGAUUGAGAAUAUUUUGUCUGUACUGAAAAUUUUCUUCACUCUGCUGCUGAUGGGUGACGUGGAAAAAAAAAACAUUUUUUAAUUAUUCUUUUUUAAAUUUUCAAAUAUUUAAAUUAUUUUAACAUUAAGUGGUCCAAGAAAAUAUACUUAUGACGAACCUAACCCCAAUAGCUUGACAGUUUUCAGCUGAAGAAAACUUCAGUUUCAGCUGAAGAAAAAUCGAUUGCUAAAACGUUUUUCAUUAAAUCGGUGACGUGCAUAAUCUGAACACUGCAUUUCCUUUUCUAGCGAUGUGUGUAAAUAACCAUUUCGUUGAAACCGAUUGAGUUUGAACUAUUUGAAUUACACACAGUUUUAGCGAAGACCAAUAAUUUAUCAGACCAAGUUUCACGAUCCAUUGUGCUACUUGCACAGGUGAAUACCAGCCAGUUUCCUUAAAACGUCCUCCACGAAUGCAUCCCUAUCCUUUGAAAAUAGUCUUCGUGCUUUGCCAUAGUAAAAUAAGCUACCUAGGUCACUUGCAUAGGUGGCUCCUAUGUAUAAGUACUCCUAUUUGAUUUAUGUGUUUAGUGAUGUACGUAGGCUGUUGUUUCUUCAUCGUUUAUCGUUUCAAUUAAGUUAAAUUGUGAAGUAAUACCCAUUCUGUAUUUAUCAGGAAGGAGUUUGCAUUUGUUAAGGAAAUGUCAUAAGGAAUGCAUGCAAUUUUAGUCAUUUAUAGUAAAAAAAUACUUUUUUUCUUUUAUAAAUUUAGAUUGAGAAAACUGUUCUAUAUUCUGUUGUGACUUUUUAUUAAAAAUAAUUUUAAGAAUUCAGAAUGAGGGAAUUGAUAUAUUUUACAGUUAUAAAUUUAUUGUAUGGAAAUGUUUGUACAUAUACUGCGCUAAUUGCUCAUACACGUUUUGUUUUGUAUUUAGAAAUUGUUUGCAAUCUCCAUAUCCUUUCCUUUGAGAAAUUGCGAAAUUUUGCCAUAAGAAAAUAGAAAGGCAACACAUCUCAUAUGCCAAAGAGCAAUCACAUAUAUUUGAUUUAAAAUUUUAUUUAGUAAAAAGCAGGUGGUUGUAGUUUAAAUUAUUCUUGUAUACAGUGAGAGUUAAAUGUCAAAACACUAACUGGAAAAUCACGGUUUUGAGUCAAAAAUACAUUGUAAUAUAUAUAAUGCAUUUUAAGUCAAAGAAUUCUAAUUAUGUGGUUAAUAUUUUAUAUGACAUUAGUCUGACAUGAGUAUUAGUUUAGCGAAGAGCGUCUUCUCCCCCCCUUCUGAAGAUAAGAACCCCCUUCUGAAGUUUUUCGACGUUUAAUCCUCGAUAUUUCCUUGGAACGCAUUCCAGGUAUAAAUACUUUUAUAAAUAAGACUUCUACCAAAUUAAUUAACUUAGUUUCAUUUGGAAAUAUAUUUUUAAUUUUAUAAAUAAGACCUCCACCAAAUUAAUUAACUUAGUUUCAUUUGGAAAUAAAUAUUUAAUGACAAAAAGAAAUGAAUAAACUGCCUUUUGACAGCCAUCUCUAACACGAGCCUCAAUAAAAAUAAAAUUGUUAAAACUUAUUUCUAUUAUUUCUGUAAAUCUAAAUCAAAAGGUUACGUUUAGAAUAUUUCUAACGAAUACUGAAUCUGUCUUUCCAAAGCGCCUUCCUAAAACAUGAUUUUUCCAUACAUUUAAAACGAGCUAUAUAUGAUGAUUCACACAUUGUCGGGUGUUCUAUCAAUUUCCUAACCUGAUAAAUGUCAACUAAAGAAGAUAUGGUAAGUGAAAUCUUGCAAGAAUUUGCCUGCACUAUAACAAGGGCAUUAAUAGUAGCAAAAUAUCUUGAUCUAGUGAAGCUGACGUGAGCUGUAGCAUGAAUUUUGAUAUAUCGUAAGUUAACUGAAAUAUAGAAAAUGCUUUCCUGUUAAAGUUGCAUUUCAGCUGAUUAUUCAAAGAUGGCGAAUAAUUUAUAUUCUAGAUAAGCCUAGUCCGUGUUUUAAUAUUUGAAUUGCGUAGAAUUUCAUGUUGCUUUGUAUAUUGUAAUACGUAUUUAUAUUGAUUUGUCUGGUUCCCGUCUUCUCAGAACUGAAAUAAGAGUUUCUGUGUUUACAUAUUUAUUUCAAAUUAUUUAAGAUCAUUUUAAGGACACGUAACAUUUAUGUAAGUUCUUGCGAUUUCAUAGUUCCAGUUUCAUGGUCCUGAUUCCAGAAUUUAUUUGCCAGUUUAGAGUACGGAAUGUUAAAAACGUGUAAUUUUUACUUUGGUUAAGGCUAGAUUUCUAUAUAUUGAAUAUUUUCUGAAUUUUGAUUCGUGUCAAUAAGCAUAUAAUUGAUGGAAUAAAUGUUUCUUGCGUUUUUUUUUAACCUUAAGCAUUUAAGCUAAGAUUUCAAAGUUGAAUGAAGUGGUUAAUUUAUGAAGGAAAAGUCAUAAGAAAUGCAUGCGAUUUUAGUCAUUUAUAGUAAAAAAAUACUUUUUUAAAAUAAAUUUAGAUAGAGAAAACUGUUCUUUAUUCUGUUGUGAUUUUUUAUUUUAGUCUUAAAAAUUGCAUCAGGAAAAUUACCAAAUUUUUAAGAAGGCAAAAGUUAAUUUUUAGUAUUCGUUUAAAAAUUUGUGCUCAAAAUUAAAAAAAAUAUCCUUUGUUAUAAUAAGCCUUCUGACCUAACUAUGAAGUUUUAGCUAUAAUAAAUAAUAAUAUUGCAUGUUUGAAAGUAACCUAAGUUAUAGGAAUUUAUAUUUCUUUAAUUUGAAAUACAGUAAUUUACUUUAAUUUGAAAAAAAGAAAAGGUCAGUUAUAAUUAAACAUAGCCAGUUGCUAUGAAAUAUCGUGUCUGGUACUUAUUAUGAAAUUUUUAGCUGUCUAUUAGCUUGUUAUUUAGUUAGCUGAAUUCAAGCCUCUGAGUUGAUGUUGCACCAGAAUUUGCAUGGUUAAUAAUUCCCAUUUUACGUUUUAGUAACAUUCAUUGCAGACCUGUUUGUAUUAAUUUGAAAACUCAACUUUUCAUGCUGUAACAGAAGUUUUAAUCUUCGGAUUGUUCCGCUGUAAUUAUUUUCCAGGCUUUGCAUCUCAUUAUUCUUCACAGAUAACGCAUAGAAAUGCUUGAGAAUGAAAAUUAAGCCUCAUAAGUACAUAUGCUUGUUUAGUAUCAAUUUAUCAUUGCUAAUGUUUAUGAAUAAUCCAAAACGAAAUAACCACGGUUAAUAUUAGGCUUAGCUCUUAACUAUGAAAUAUGUGUAAUUUUUCUGUCUGGAUUACUAAACUAAAGAUUCGUGGCAAAUUUAUUUGCGCGAUCAUUGUAAAAUUUCGUGACUAACAUCUCGGUUUAAUUCUUACUGAAACAACUUUAGGCUACUUUUCAUGUGCGCUGUUUUCGUUUCUUAUUUUGUUGUCGUAAGAUAAUUCGAACAUUAGUAUUAUCAUUUGCAUGUUGGCUUGAGCAGUCAGGCUCAUAUUAAGUAAUUAUAUGAAGAACGUUUAGAUAAAGGACAAUAAAUCUUCAGCUCUAAGAACCGUCUUAACCUAAGUAUAAUAUGGCAUCACGCGUAAUCUGCAUGUUUGAAAGUAUUUGAAAGGAAAUAAACUUGCUUGCGUAAAGGAAACCGUUGUGAUAUGAGUUUUUUAUGAGGAAAUACGUUUCCUUUUUAGCGUACAAAUUAAAGCGUAAAUGAGAAAUUAGCUUCAUAUAAUAUCUAAUGUUAGGCUGCACGUAUAAAAAGGAUAUAAUUUUCAGAUGGGCAUUUUAGGCAAGGAGAAAAACAGAACCGAGGUAAUAUGAUAAUAGCAGAAUUUUUCUUGAAGUUAAUCCAGAAAGGAAAGCUGUUUCAUUUUUCAGAGAUAAUAGUUUUAUUUAGUUAAUCAAAUAUGAAAUUCCGGAAAGGCUUUCUUAUAUUGAUACAGUGUAACGAAUAGCUGUUUUCUGUAUGUAUUGACUACAAGAAUGCUAAUCCUCCUUUUGGCAUAUUUGUGAAUUAUCUUGAUCAUUAACGAAGCAAAAACCAUUUUUAUGUUUUUUUAAUUUUUGUAAAUCAGCGCAAAUCCUUUCAUUUUGUUUUACAUACCAUAUACUAUACGCUUGAUAUCUUUUUUCAAAUGUCGACUUUAUUAGAUUAUUAAACGAUUCAUGGACACUCGCUCUUUGGGCACUUAAUUUUAUUUUCUGUAAUCUAUAGGAGAAUUCAUUGCACGCAAUCCUUUGUAAGAAGUACUGCAACUAUUAUUAAUGACUUUCUGGGAUAAUGAACUAUUUUUCGGGUGCAUUUCCGUGACAGAUUUCGUUUAAAACUAUUUUAUAGCCUUUUGUCUCGAAUAGUGUAUGUGUGGAAAUAUUUCCUUCUAUUGUUCCGUGUUGAAUAUUACUGGAAAUAUGAAAUUGCAAUUACGUUUAGUCUUGAAUUGAAUAAAGAGUUGAUGAACAUAUCCUAUUGAUUGGAUAGAUUUUCAUUACGGGAACCAGGCAUUACUUCCAUACCAUAAUCGGUCUCAGAACCGACCCUACACUUGUGGUGCACGGGAUAGCUUAUAUAAUGUACUGAUAUAAUCGUUCUGAUGUCAUGCUUUGUAAACUGUGAAUGUGAAAAGUACAUUUUUGUAAUUUUGAAACCGGAAAGUAUGCAUUUCGAAAUCGUACAAAUUGCGAUUCUAUCAGCUGUAGAUCUCUACUAUCGACCUGUCAGUAAAAUACUCGUAAAAUUGUCUAAGAAAGGAUUGUAAUUGGAUACUUUGUUAAUAAAGUGACUAUUUAGUUUUUGUAAUAAAA